CUACUGCCCCAGUGGGCCUUGGCCUUUCCUCUCUCUGCUGCUUCCAUUCCUUUCUGAUACUACUUGGUUAGUUUGAUCAUGCCUAGCCUUGGAGGUCUCCACUGUACCCUGACAUGACACCUCUCUCUGCCCCUGUGCUCUUCACCUUCUGUCCUGCUUCAGGGUCCCCAUAUUGGCCCUCUUUGUCCUUGGGAACCAGCCUGUUUCUUCCUUCUUUCCUAGGGUACUAGGGAAUUCCUUACCAUGGCCUAACUGGUUGCCCAGGAAACUGUUCUCUUGGCUUCCCACAGUGACCCAGUAUCUUUUUGAGUAGUGUACCUGUCACAGCCACCUCCCUCCCUUCGAGCACUGGAACAGGCAUGCCUUGGUGAGGCCCAUUAUCGCACCUGUGGCUGCCUACCUCACCCUGCUCCUGUAACUGCACCUUUGUUUCCCCAGGAUCCCUGGGUAGUUUUGGACAGCUGGGUGCCAGUCCCUUCCUGCUCAAACACUGCUGGGAGAAGUUAUUGGUGAAAUUAUUAAGGCCACUCCACGUAUUUAAAAGGAGAUUUAUUUAAUGGUGUAACUUACAAAUUAAGGGAUAGGUAGGUCGCGGGGUCUGGGGAAGGUGUAUCGCAGUCCAGCGGUGUUCUCUGGAGCUCUGCUUGGUCCACCUCUCCCGUCCAGGGUCCUGGAACAGAGCGAGAGCGCAACCCAUCCAGAUCUCAGGUCUUCAAGCACCUCCCUUGGCCCCGCCUUGUAGGCGUGACAGUUGUCAAAGUCUCAAUGGGGGUUGGAACUUCCAGAUCAAAGCUGGAAUGGCUACCCACUACAUCUCCCCCUUUUUGUCUAAAUAAGAAGGUUCUAACCUAAUACAAGACUAUAUACAAAGGAAUGGUUAUCAAAUAUUGUCCAGGAAUAAUGAGGGAUAAUGACCUAGAUAAGAUGGAACUACAACCAGUGCAAACAAUAUCAAGCAAGAAACACAUACUAAAAUCCAGAGAAGUAUAGAGCAUAGGUAAAUGGCAUGUUACAAAGAUCAUUCCAAAAGGUGUCCUAUCCUAAAGAACCUGAAUCUACUACUUAAUAUAUUCUAUCUACUAAGUUGUAACUAUAACUGCUAGUCUUCAAUCCCAUCAAAGACCUGAGAAGGAAUGUAAUGGUACCUGAGAAAUGGUAGAUGGAUGCAAGCAACUUUCGGGAAUCUUGCAAGAGUAGACCGAGACAGCUGGCAGCCUGGACAGUCACCUAAUGUUUCUCAGCAUUGUUGGUGCAUUCAAAUUGGCUACAGGCCUAAAGUAUCUGACAGACCAUUUUCAGAAGCAGGAAUUCUGAAAGACCAUCUUACCCUGUCUUGGCAGAGUACAGUGGUCGCUUUCUUUGUGUCCUGCUUGUCCAGAAAGGACAGCAUUGCAUUCGUACUGUCAGCCAUUGAGGCAAGGGCAGUUCUUUGCCCAGUAGGCCAUUUUGUGCCAAGAAGACAAACUUCCAAAUGGAAAUGUCUUAGAAGCCCAACAUUCUCUCGGGAUCAAAUUGGUGCAGCCAGGAGCAAUUGUGUCUCACGUCAACAGAAUUCUAAGUUGUUUAAAUGCCAUAUUCUCUAGGUCUAUGAAGUGUUUGAAGAUUACCUGUCCAUCUGACUUAUGUAUCUGUAAAUCUGGAUAACCUAACUAACAUAACUAUAGAGAUGACAAGCAUAGGUGACUAUAAAUCUAUAAGUCUUAUCUACCGAAAUAACCUAAGGACUAAGGGUUCACGUAAACAAGAUAAACAGUCUAUAAGCAAGAGUAUGGUAAAGAACAAUGACUUCAAAAUUGUGAGAAACACAAGAUAUUUAUAACAGAGGUAGGAGUAUAUAGUGCGAUAUGUAAUAUGACAAUAAUCUUAAAUAUAUAUCAAUAUUUAUAACAGAGGUAGGAGUGACAGUUGUCAAAGUCUCAAUGGGGGUUGGAACUUCCAGAUCAAAGCUGAAAUGGCUGCCCACUACAAGAAGUUGAUGGGCAAGCAGGUCCUUGUUCUCUCCUGUCCUUCUGAACCAACACUAUGGACAGGCUCAGGAGUACCUGCAGUGGGCAGGUACAACAUUCACCACAACCUUAGAAGGCCAGGCCUGCAGUAUUGGAUACCUAGCUCUGGAAUGAAAUUUCCAGGAGAGGCCAGGAAUGGCCUUCUAGCUACUCUCACAUCUUGAUGGUCCCCCUCACCUGAAGUCAGGUGAGGCAGGAAAGGCCUUAGAGCAGCAUUUCCCAAUCUGUGGGUCACGACCUCCUUGGGGGUCGAACAACCCUCUCACAGGGGUUGCAUGUCAGAUAUCCUGCAUAUCAGAUAUUUACAUUACGAUUUAUAACAGUAGCAAAAUUACAGUUAUGAAGUAGCAAUGAAAAUAAUUUUAUGGUUGGGGUCAUCACAGCAUAAACAACUGUAUUAAAGGGUCACAGCAUCAGGAAGGUUAAGAACCACUGCCUUAGAGUCUUUGAGGUCUCCAGGUCACCUUUCUACUUCUGAAAUUGAAAGAAUUGGCUCAGCCACACCCAUAGGGCUAUUUGGGUCAGGCCUCACUGCCUUAUGGCCUUCUUUUGCCUGCCUAUCCCCCCUGCCUUCUCCACAACUCUACUAAAUAAGUGCUUGUAACACAUUAGGUCUCAAAUCCCCCCCUGAGUGUCAAAGCUUUGGGUGUCAUACCCUAUAGCAGAGAUCACCAUCCUGGUUGCUGCUGGAAGAUGGGGCCAUAAGGUGAGUGAGCUGCAACCAGACAGUAUCAACAUUGGAGAUGUUCCUGAGGCCACCCCCUGUUUACUGACGCAAGACCAAGGCCCUGUCCUCAGUAUGACUUCCCAUUCACAGGCUAAACAUGAUACAAGUAGAUGCCCCUGUCACUCCUGAGAUCAUGACAACCUCAUGAAGGGCACCCAUAUCCCCACUGAUAGAGGAAACCAAGGCCUGGAGAAGAGGACCUGUUGUCUGUGUGUAAUGUGUCCCAGAAUAGGGCUAAGUAUCACACCUGGUUUGUCCAGAUCUGGCAACCACAACCUAGUCUCUAUGAGACUUAGAGGUAGGGCUUGGCAGAAGACACAGCCUUCCACCAUACUCUGACUUCCUCCUGCCUGUGACAGUGCUCAUCACUCAUUGGAACCUGCUUGCAGCCAGAGCCUGCUUCCCAGUCUAUAAACAUGGGGCGUGUGUCCUGGUGGCUGCAAGCUCAUGAGGAGGCGGCAAGCAAGCUGGCUGCACAGGUCCUGCGGCCUCAGGCCUCCUGGUUGCCCAAUUGGUGGCUGGGGGCGGGCUAUGGCCUCUGAUUAAAGGCUGCCUGAAGCAGCCUGUGAAGAGACAGGUGCCCAGAAGCCCUGGAAGCCAACUGAAGCCCGUCCCAGGUAAGUGUGGUGGGGAUGGGUGGACAGUGCCAUGAGCCUGGAGGCAGGUAGAAGCCAACCUGAGGCAGCACUUGUUUGGUAAAGAAAAGGUUGGGGAGACCAGGGUCCUCAUGCCAGAUUCCUUUGGUGCCUGCUACCCAAAGUUGGAAAGCAGGGCAUAAUGCCUGAGGCUCCCAGUCAAAGUGUCUUCACCAAGGGGCUGGGCCAAGGCACCAUUUGUGGACUAUACCUGCCUCCCUCCUUGAUGGGGACAGUGGCUAGAUCUGGGCCUGGCAGCAAAAGGGAAAGGGGCCUGGGCUAAAGUCUAGGCACAGCAGGCCUUUCUUUUGUGCCUGGUUGGGUGGCAGAACUAAGGUUAGCUGCAGAGAGACCUGGGGAAAAGAGGAGGGAUGGACAGCAGUAACAGAUCCUGGUCACUUGAUCUUAGCCCUAUGGAGUCCCCUUAAAAGUGUCUCUGGAUAUGAGCCUUAGAAAUUAUGCCUAGCACCAAAGGCCUCAUGAGGUGGGGUGGAGCAGCAGGAAGUGAGGCCCUGAGUGAUAGAGCUUUGACUUGAGGGGCUGUGGGCAAAGGGACCUUGCUCCUGUUUCUUUAGCCUUUUGGCUUAUGUCACUUGUUCUGGCAGCUUUAGGCCUCACUGUUCCUGUGAGAACAUCAGCAUGUCUGAGCUGCCCCGGGCUGAGACCUUUGUAUUCCUGGACCUGGAAGCCACUGGGCUCCCAAACAUGGAUCCUGAGAUUGCAGAGAUAUCCCUUUUUGCUGUCCACCGCUCUUCCCUGGAGAACCCAGAGCGGGACGACUCUGGUGCUCUGGUGCUACCCCGUGUGCUGGACAAGCUCACACUGUGCAUGUGCCCGGAGCGCCCCUUUACUGCCAAGGCUAGUGAGAUUACUGGUUUGAGCAGUGAAGGCCUGAUGCACUGCCGGAAGGCUGGUUUCAAUGGUGCUGUGGUGCGGACACUGCAGGGCUUCCUGAGCCGCCAGGAGGGCCCCAUCUGCCUUGUGGCCCACAAUGGCUUCGAUUAUGACUUCCCACUGCUUUGCACAGAGCUACAACGCCUGGGAGCCCAUCUGCCUCAAGACACUGUCUGCCUGGACACGCUGCCUGCGUUGCGAGGCCUGGACCAUGCUCACAGUCAUGGCACCAGGGCUCAAGGCCGCAAGAGCUACAGCCUGGCCAGUCUCUUCCACCGCUACUUCCAGGCAGAGCCCAGUGCUGCCCAUUCAGCAGAGGGUGAUGUACACACGCUGCUUCUCAUCUUCCUACAUCGUGCUGCUGAGCUUCUUGCCUGGGCAGAUGAGCAGGCCUGUAGCUGGGCUCACAUUGAGCCCAUGUAUGUGCCACGUGAUGGUCCAAAACUUGAGGCCUGAAUGCCAGCGUUAUCCGUUCAUCCAGGCUCUGAGACAUGUUCUUGCUCUCUGCAGCACCUGCCUGGCCUUCCUCACCCCUUGCCUACCUGGCCAUAGGAUCCUAGAGCCUUCUCUGUGCCCUACUUCCAGUUGAACACCCUCUGGCCAGCCUGGGCUCCUGUAGUCUGCUCCUUCAGGGCUUCUACCUUUCACCCUAUUUAUCAAUAAAUAUCACCACCUAUUUACCUGCUGAUUUCCUGGCCAGACUUCUCUCUGCCCACACCCAAAACUAUCCCACCAAGGCACAGAUGGGGGCCAUGCUGACCUGACUAUGAGUGUGUAGAGGGGAAGAUGUCAGUAUGCAGGAUUUUCCAAUGGGCUUUUGUUAGGUUGGGGCACUAGACCCUGAGCCCCUGGCUAUUUCUCUGGUAUGUUUUAUGGUCCCUUUGAGUGUUGCCCCUUUCUGCUAGACCCUUUGGAUGAGCAGGCUGAAUCUUCCAGGCAGUAAACUGGAAGGGCUAACUGAGCCUACAGAGCUAGUUCAUGACUUCUUCAAAGCCCAGCUCUAGCUCUUACCCUUGUCCUCCUCUGCCCCUGCUCAGCAAAGUAGCAUGAGUGAAUUGAUAUAGGGCACUGGGGAAAAACAGGUAUCUAUUCGUUUGUGGACAUGUGGCACAUGGAUGCCACAGGAGGAGGGCCCACCCAGGCAGACUAGGGUACCAAGCUGACCUGAGGUGUAAAGGAGAAAUGGAUUGGCACAUAGGGUGCCAUCCAGAAUGGAACACAUCCCAGGUUUCAGCUCCUUCAUGGAGUGAUUUGGGUGGGCAACUUCUCACCAGCUGCCUCAGCUGGACUUCAGGUUUCUGGUGAGCUGCCUGUGGGGCCCCACCCUGAGGCAUUCCUGUCUUGUGGUAAGUCAGACCAGGUGAGAGCUGUGUCACCAAAUGCUGAGGCAAGUAAGAAGGGGUGGGGUGGCCACACCCCAGAGUGACUCAUAUGAGCAAAGCCUCCAGCCUCGAUUGAGCCAGCCUGGCCCAUUUGGGAACCCCUAAGUAGGUCAAAAUGACUAGAGAGGCUUCAGUGUGUGUGGCGGCAGGAUGAUGAGAGCAGAGCACUGGUGAUGGUUGCAUCACAAUAGUCUCUUGGCCUGGUUGAGACUGAGGACAGUGGAGGUCACAGAGGGUUGUGUCUAGAAGAGAGGCAAAAUCUGAUUCAUGUAUUUGUUGUAUUUCUCAGGCUGGAUCCCUUUUCCUUCUGGCCAGGCUCAGGUGGACAGCCUAUACCAGAAAGUAGUGCCCUUAGAAUGCUGUCCCUGCUACUAAGUAAUGACAGGCCAGAAAGGCUCAACUCCAGGAUCAGCUGCCCUAUCUGUACCUUAUGACACCUCCACAGUGGUCUUGUUUCGUGCUUUUCCCGCCCUGAGGCUGAGGUUUCUGCUUCAGCUAUCCAAGUUGCCCUUGGCCUCCUGGUAGUCUGGUGUUGGAUAUUGUCCCUAAGUCUUUCAUGCCCACUCAGGUUGGUCAGGCUAAGCAUUAAGCAUCUUUCCAUUUAGCACAGACAAGCUGAGACCUGCCUCCAAAGCAGUAAUGUGCUGAUGAAUUCUUGCCAACUGGCUUUCCAGGAAAGUGAGUGAGUGAGUGAGUGAGUGAGUGUGUGUGUGUGUGUGUGUGUGUGUGUGUGUGUGUGUGUGUGUGUCCCACCCAUGAUGAGCACUGGUUGGUUCACAGUUUCUUUUCUCUUAAUGAGUAAGUUGAAAGUAAAGCAGCAGAGAUAUAUCUUAGAACUUCACACGUUCACAUUACCCACAAUGCUAUGGCCACAGAGGCAGCACUCUGGUUUAAUCUGCAGUUAUUAACAUGUUCCCCAUUAUUUUCUCAAGUCGUGGCAGUCAACAAAGCAGGAAUAAAUUGAGCACUGCCAUGCCCUGGCCCAUAAACCUCUAUGGGGUAGUUCUUUCACUGUGGCCAAUAGGCCAAUAGAGUAGGCAUAAGACUGUACAGGAAGAGAUUUGUGGUAUCACACUAUGGCAUUGAUUUCUACUGUGGUCUGCUUAGAUGUGCAUCAAUACACAGUAAAAUGUGGCCAGUUAAGAUGUGAUAGAUUUUGGAUAUCUCCUUUAGUUUUCAUAUAACUUGCUUUUUCAAUUUAUAUUAUUUAUUAUUUUUGGUUUUUGGAGACAGAGUCUCAUGUAUGCCAGACUGCUCUUAUACUCCCUAUGUAGCCAAGGCUGACCUUGGACUCCUGAUCCUCAAGCUCCUACCUCCUAAGUGCUGGGAUGAUAAGUAGGUGUUGUCAUGUCCAGCUUGUUUACAUAACUUCAUUUCUAAUAGAUGUUAACAUUUAACAAUUACCUCUCAAAAUUUAUAAACAUUUAACAUCCAUCUGAAUGACUAGAACAACAACAAAAGACUACCAUAUGUUUGUUGAAGAUGAGGGAGGAUGAAGGGCUUCUUUGCUUUUGGUGAGACUAUAGGUGGUGGAGCUUCAAUGGAACCCAGCUGGGGAGUGUCUGAAAGGAUUAACUGAGCGACCAUCACCCAUAUGUUUCCCCAAGAGAAAUUCAUGACACAUUCAGAACAGCUUGGGUCCUAAGGCCCCUCAACUAGAAAGAGGCAGAUGUUCCCCAGUAGGAUGGCUGGCUGUACAAUCUAUGUCACACCUGCACCUGAGGAUGCUACUCAGCAAUGAACAGAGGAUGCGCCUGAAACUCCAGUCUGGAUGCAAAAUGGAUUAGCAAUGCAGCAGACAGAGUGCACCAGGCCUGGAAGGAAGUUAGAAAAAUGACAAGGGCUGCCUUUCUAAUUUCUGUUACCAAGCUGAAGUUCCAUCAGGAUUAUGCAAACUCUGCUUUUCUUAAUUGCAGCUCAAGCAUACCUCUUCCCCACUCUCUUUCUAUUAGGGGCUUGAUUUCCCUUAGCCUCUUAAUUUGCCUUUUAAAAUUCCUUAGUAGGCCUGGGCACUCAGUUGGCAGAGUACUUGCACAGUAUGUACAAAGCCUUGGGUUCCAUGCCCAGCACGAAAUAAACCGGGUUUGGUGGUGGAGGCCUAUAAUCCCAGCACUUAAGAGAUGGAGACAAGAGGAUCAGAAAUUCAAGGUCCUCAGCUAUAAGACCAGCCUGGGACACAUGAGACUUUAUCUAAAAAAUAAAUACAAAUCUCCCUUGAAUAUCUGACUAAGGCUUGUACCUGGGCUGAAAACUUAAGGGUUUUUUGCUUCUUGUCUUACUCAGCUGUAGCUGAUACAGCAAAGGACCAUAGAUGGGAUGACUCACAAGCAGCAGAAAUUCAUUGAUCAUAAUUCUGGAGCCUGGAUAUUCAAGACCAAGGUGCAAGCAGGCUCUUUGGCUGGCGAGAAUUUUAUUUCUCACAAAUGGCACCUUCUUGAUGUGUUCGCAUGUGGCUGAGGGGCCCAGCCACAGCAGGUCAGAGAAACUGGAGAGGAGAUGUAGAGUAGGCAAACUACUGGACAGACGCACAGACACACAUGGGCACUUUAUCUGAGGGCCAAAACUUAAUUCUUCAUUUUAUUUUUCUCUCUACUACUUGUUCUUACUCUGUUCUUUCCCUGUUCUGUUCGUUGACCCUGUUGUUUUUCUUUCACUUUUUCUUCCCAGUUGUUCCCCUUCUAUAUCUGUCUUGAUGUUUUCUUUUUACUUCUUCCCUGAUGUUUCCCUUCUAUUUCUUCCCUGAUGUUUUUAUUUCUACAUCUUUCUUUCUUAUAUCUUUUAUAUUUCUUACUCCAUUUAUACCUCUUAAUAUAAAGAUUUCUAUGCAAGAAAAGAUUACUUCACAACCACAAAUUACAUAUUUUCCAAAAACAAAUUAAAAUCUUUACAUAAGAAGAAAUGACAUUAAGAUCACAAGUUAUGUUUUCCUUAGAAGCCCACAAGUAGUUAAACAUUUUUCUUUGUAUUAAUUUUCCCACCAUAACAUCUUCACCCCAAAGUAAUGAUUCUUUUAUUAUUAAUUAACAAAGUUUAAACAAGUCAAAUAUAUUUCAGCCAGUUCCUUUUGUACUGGCAGGCAGCUGUUUGCGGUUUCAGUAUAGCAGAUUCCUCUCUUAUUUCUACUCUACAAAACUUUACUCAAAUGGUUUAGCUAACCAUCUAUUUUUCUUUACACACAAUAGGCUCAUCUAAUUUGCUUUUUCAAGGUGCAUAAGGUGCAUACCUUGGGCCUGUGAUUAAUUCUGUAAGUUACAUGACCAAGGAACUCACACCUAACCUUGGGUGUAAGGACAUAAUUGCUUUCUUUGGUCAUCAGCCUGUUUUGCCACGGACACAAUUCAUGGGUCUAUAAUGCAUGAAAUUUCCUUGUUCUUAUUUUCCAUCUUCUACAAAUCUCACAUCUAACAAAAGGGAAGGUAACUUCUAGCCUAUUUUUGUCUUUGUGUAUCUCUUAUUUGAGCAAUUGACAGAAUAACCUAAACCAUUUCCCUAAUCAUCUUCACUAACUGUCUUAACCACCUGUAUCUUUUAGGCUGACUUAGGAAGUCUAAUUAAAUCAUUGAUCUAACUAAUCAUCAUUGCUCUAUAAAAAUCAUCUUCAUUAUGAUCUGCAAGUAAAUUGCCCAGUGAGGAGUGGGAUUUUUCCCAAGAAACAAUCACACUAUAUUAGAUACAGUGGGAUCCUUUCACAUGGUAAUCACACCAUGCCAAAUACAGCAGGAACACAGCAGCAGCAAGCAGGAGCAAGCACAGCAGAAGCAAGGGGCACUAUAGAGACAAUUCCCCCAGGGCUUUUGCUCCUCCAGGAUUUAGCUUUGCUAUUUAGUGAAUUGAACUUCAAAAGCUCCAUUGCUAACUGCAGCUCCUCUGACAUAGCUACUGACAUUCUUACAUGUUGGAAGGGAUUGGCUCAUCCCUUGGAAUUUCUUCUAAGGGUGCUAAUGCUGUUCAUGGGAACUUUGCCUCCAUGACAACUAAACCCCCAAAGGCUCAUAAUAGCACCACCUUGGUUUUAACACAUGAACUUCAGUGGGAGCACACAACCAGACACACAGGACUCUCCAUACACAUUCCCCCUUUCACACACACACACACACACACACACACACACACACACACACACACACACACACACACACACACAGAGAGAGAGAGAGAGAGAGAGAGAGAGAGAGAGAGAGAGAGAGAGAGAGAGACUCCCUCACGUUCUUCCCUGAGUCUUCCUCCCACACAUCCACAAAUUUGCGUAAAUGACAUUUGACUAGGUGCUACAUCUUAAAAGUCAUAAAUGCCUUUCUUUGAAACACUUCAUAGUCAAUUUCCUGAGGGGUUUUAAGGGUUUUUGUUUGUUUGUUCUGUUUUUCGAGACAGGGUUUCUCUGUGUAGCUUUGGAGCCUGUCCUGGAACUCGCUCUGUAGGCCAGACUGGCCUUGAACUCACUCUGUAGACCAGGCUGGCCUCGAACUCACAGAGAUCUACCUGCCUCUGCCUCCCGAGUGCUGGGAUUAAAGGUGUGCACCACCACCGCCCAGCUUAAGUUUUUAUUAACAAUCUUUUUCAUUUUUUUUUAGCUUCUAUACUGAUGUCUCCUUUCUUAUUCCGAGCCGUGUCUUAACAAGGAUUGUGAGAGAUUAUCUUUUUCAUUGGCCCUUUCUUUUGAGUUUGUGUAUAUGUGUGUUUGUGUGUCCACAUGUGCAUGUACAUGCCAGAGGUCCACAUUAGGCAUCUUCCUGAAUUACUCUGCACUUUAUUUUUUUUGAGUCAAGGUCUCUUACUAAAAUUUGAGCUCACCAAUUGGCUAGAUGGGCUGUCCAGAGAAGCCUGGGGAUCCUUCUAUUUCUCCCUAGUCACUGCUAGGGUUAUAGAUAUGUGUUGACUUGCUCAGUUUUUAUAUGGGUGCUGGAGAUACAAACUCAAGUCCUUAUGCUUGUGAGACAGGCACUUUUACCACUGAGCCAUCUCCACAUCCCUUUAUUGGCCCUUUCAAAGGAAAACAAACCUAAACCUUUGACUUAUUCUUUCACUUUAAUUUUUUUCUGCUUCAUUAACUAUCUAUUUACCAUCUCUGGUUUAAUUUUAGAUUAUUUUCUGAGAUGAAGACUAACCUCCUGGAUCAUCAUCUUUAUUGAAUAACCAAGGUCCUCAAAAACCACCAUUUCCUCCAAGUAACGAUCUGACCAUGUCUCAGAGGUUUGCUAUUGGGCAGCUCCUUCACUUUGUAUUAGAGAUAGCUCAUAAUUUCACUUUUUGUUUUCUUUGCAAUGUAAUGCUGUAUAGAAGAGUUUAUCCUAACUUCAGGGUAGUGAAGAGUUUUUUUUUUUAAGAAAAUCUUUCCUUUAUUAUUAUUAGUGUGCAAUGUGUGUGUGUGUGUGUGUGUGUUGUGGUGUGGUGUGUCCAUGUACAUAUGCUACAGUGCUCCUGUUAAAGUCAGAGGACAACUUUCAGGGAGUCAUGUCUUUCCUCCCACUAUGGGUUCCAGGAAUCAAAUUCAGAUUGUCAGGCUUGUGUGGCAAGUUCUUUUAUGCACUGAACCAUCUCACUCACCCAAAUCACCUUUGAAUGGGGGUUAGAGUAGGCUUUAUGUUUUCUAGGGCUGCCAUAGCAAAAUACCACAGUGCUAUAAAGGCCAAGAUCAAGGUCUCAGCAGGGUGGGUCCAUUCUGAGUUUUUCAAGGGAGUCUGGUCCACUUUUCUUCCCUGGAUUCUGGUAGUUUCUACAACCUUGGUCAUUCUGAGUCUUGUUGGUGCUUUCAUCUUCACAUGACAUUCUCCCUAUGUGCACAUCUCUGUGUAUUACUUCUUAGCCACACAGGGUCUAAGCCCACCUUCAUGACCUUCUCUUAACUUGAGCUGUACCACAGACCUCAUCUCCAAAUUUGCAAUCCUCCUGUCUCAGCCUUCCCAGUGCAGAGAUUACAGGUGUGUCACAUGCCUGCUCAUAAAUGACUUUUAAAAGUGUUCUAGAUGCUGUAAAAUCCUGUCUCCUUAAGAAAUGUUAGUCCUUCUCUAUAGUUCUAGAAUAUAGCUUGACAAUUGUACUGCUCUGCAAUUGUUCUUGCUUAUCUAUGACAUCUGUCCAAUUACAUGACAAAGUAUAAUAAUGCUCCAUCAUAGUUAUGUUUUAUUGAAGUAUUCCUCCAUGUCAAGUUUUUUCGUUAUACAUUUAAUCAUUAUAUGCUUGUACUUAUGACUUUAUGAUUCUAUUAGUCAGGAUUCUCACAAUACCUGGGAAUCUCUUCAUUUAUCAGGAGACUUCAGAGCAUUGGGUCACAUGAUGUAGAGACUGAGUAGCAACUGGGCCGCCUAGCAACUGAGGGUGGAGCUAUAUGUAGUUCAAGUCCAGGGGACAUCUAGAGUAGCACCCCUUCCUCUGGGUAAUUUCAUUCUUUUAAACUUUCAUUCAUUAAAGCCUCCAACUGAUCACACAAGACUUACCUACACUGGGGAGAUGGAUAGCUUUAUUCAAAGUCCAACAAUUUAAAUGUCAGUCUCAUCUAAAAUUAUUUUCACAGCCUCAUCUAGACUGCUGUUUAACCAAAACCUGAGUUUUAUAGCCUGGCCAAGUUGGUAUAUAAAAUUGUUCCCUGACUUUAACUUGGUGCCUAUAUCAUCCAUAAAGCCAGAGUGAAGCCUCACAGAGCAUUCAGCUGGCUGCUCUACCCUCAGACAUGCAGAUGGGACAUUUAGCUUUCUCCCUGAAGUCUCUGUUUUGCAGCUUUUCUUCUAGUGGGUGCCCUUCUACGUUUCCACUUUCCUUCCCUGUGCAGUGAGUGGCUUGGCUAGCAUUAGGACCCAAGAGCUGCUAUUUUUCCCAAGCUUUCCCAGCCAGAGUUCUACUUGUAUUCACAGUGAGCACACAGACAGAGGGCAAAGAGAUGCUCUCAUAGAAACUUCCUGGGGCAGCAGGACUUGUGGGAUGCUUAAAUUGUUUGAAGUUUACAAAACCAGGCUUGGUGGUGUACCUCUGUAAUCCUACUGAGGUAGGAGGAUUGCCAGGAAUUUGAGGCCAGUUGGGGAUGCAGAGUGAGACCCUGCCUCAUUCCACCCCAAAAGCCUUUAUGAGGAUUUAUACACAUCUCCAAGGGCCAGAGAAAUGGCUCACAAAACAAAGGUUACUGUCAGAACACAUGAGAAACGGAUAGAGCAAAGAUCUUUCAAGAGGAAAGGUAUGGUGAUAUUUUAUUUGUAUUAAAAUGUUAUUUGUAUGUUAAUAAAUAAAGUUGCCCGGGGGUCAGAGCUAUUAGCAAGCCAUAGGAAAGCAGGGCAGUGGUAGCGUACGCUUGUAAUUCCAGCACUUGGUAGGCAGAGCUGGGUAAGUCUCUGUGUGUUCAGGGAUACAGCCAUUAUUGGAUACACAUGCCUUUAAUCUUAAUACCAAUCAUGGAAAACCUGGAGGCCUAUACAGACAGGCUGUGAGGAGGCGGUCAUGUGGUUGGGUUUACAACCAAUGAGAAGGCAGGACAGGAACUCUAUAUAAAGACUUUAACACAGGGGUAGCUCUGGUUCGGAGAGGUAGGACCACCGCAGGAGGAAGGGUAAGGUUUUAGCUCUUAGCUCUGACCUCUUGGCUUUCUUCUUUGCAUUGGUUCUGUGUUUAUUAUUUAAUAAGAAGGUUGGAUACAUCUACAUUUGGCGCCCAACGUGACAAGAAUUCAUUAAAAACCGCUUGGCUUGGCUUGGCGGCAGGUCCAGUUUCCAGCCUGGGCGGCCCGGCUGCCUACCUUGGGCCCAGGCCUGACUGACCCGCAGCUGGAGCUACUUGCAACUGCUACAAACAACUCAGACCUGCCCUGCUGAACAGGGCCCCUGCCUGUAAAGCCAAGGCUUGACUCGGCUCAAGCGGCUACACUUUCUC